AUGAGCAGCUACCGCAACACAUCUGGGAAUUCCUACGGAGGAGGAGGACAAGGAAGAGGGUAUGACAACGGUGCUGGUGAUGCCCGUGCCCCUAGCAGCAGACCCUCCAACAGCCCCAACCCCUUUGGCAGCAGCAGCAACAGCAGCCCAGGCAGCCGGCAUACACGAAACCCAAGAGCUCAUCAAGUACGAGGCGAGUCAUCGGGUGGAUAUGGUUCUGGUAGUGACAGGCUAAGCCGGGCGCCCGAGGGAAGAGCCGAUACUCGCGGCUACGCAGCGGCCUCGCGCGAGGGCCGUGACCAAGAUGGCAAAAACAAUAGCGGCCAGUACAGCAGCAGAUACGGCAACGGUGGCCAAUACGGCGCUAGCGGCCAAAAUGGCGGUAGCAGAUAUGGCAACGGCGGCCAGUAUGGAGCCAGUGGCCAGUAUGGCGGCAGCCGCUACCAGCAGGACCAGAACGACUACGACGAAGAAGACGACGAAAUAGACUCGAUCAAGGCUAGCAUUCACGAGAAAAAAACAGACACCCUAGAGUCCACGCGCAGGGCCCUGCGCACACUCCAAGACACCGAGGAAGUAGGCGCCAAAACCCUGACUAAAAUCGGUGAGCAAUCAGAACAACUCAACCGCAUUGAGCACACAAUGGAGCUGGCAAACAUGAAGGCAGAAAACUCAGUCGAGGAUACGAGCAAGCUGCGCACUCUGAACAGGUCCAUGUUUGCUGUUCACAUAAAGAACCCCUUUAGUGGCAAAAAGCGCCGCGAAAUGCAGAUUGCCAAGGUUGAGGCUGACCAGGAGCGCAAGCGACUGGCGAGAGACCGCGAGCGCGAAGGUAACCAGGAGUCGCGCAGUCGUCUGCUGGAGCACACUAGCCGCGAUGGUUCAGGAUACAGGGGCCCGGCUGGACGCAUGGAUGCCAAUGGUAAAGUUUUGCAGUCCUAUAAUGGCCUCAGUCAGGGCGAGCGCUCAAGAUACACUUUUGAGGACGAGGACCCGGAGCUCGAGGAUGAGAUUGAUGACAACGUUAGCGAGAUCAGCUCGGCACUGGGCCGCCUCAAGAACAUGUCGUUGGCCACCCAGAAUGAACUCAAUUCGCAGUUCAAUCCGCUGCGCCGCAUUGCUGACAAGUCUGACAAGACCUCGGACAACAUUGGCAUUGCGAGGUUCCAUUUGGACAAUACCAAAUAG